AUGAUGAUGUUAAAUAAUUUUAUUAAAAUUUUAUUUUUUUUGUUUUUAAUUAAUUGUUUGUUUAUAAAUUUGAGUAUUUGUGGGGUAACAUCUGUAACAUUUACAAAUCCAAAUCAAACCACAACAACUACGACGAAUAUUCCUACAUCAAAUAAUAUUCCAACAAAUACUCCAACAAAUACUCCAACAACAACAACAACAACAAGUUCUGGAUUUGUAAAACCCUCAUCAUCAAAUGUUCCAAGUAAUAAAGCAAAUUUGGUCCAAUCUGUAUUAACUACUGCAACUUUAAAUUGUCCGAAAAAUAGAAUUGAAAUAUAUUGUUCACCAACUGACCAAUGUACAAAAGAUAGUGAUUGUAAAGCUUAUGGAGAGAAUCAAAAAUGUUGUUAUAGAAUUGGUUGUGGUAAAAAAUGUUUUAGAGGUAUUUUUAUUUAA